GGGAAAUAUUUGGAAAUUUUGAAGCUCAAAAACUUUCUGGUCAAUAACACAACAUUGAAGUAUUGCAUUGCAUCGAAUUUUUGUUAAAUUUCUUUUGAAUACCCAUAUUCAUAUUGUAGUCUUAUAAUAUCAUAUUGGCACUCGAAUCAAGUAUUCAAAUCCGAGUCAAUUAACAAAGUCUACCACGGAAAAUACUCGAGCGCCAUACACCAUCACCAAGUCCUUUCGCAUAUUGUUUUCGAUUUCCACUAGAAGCAUGAGUAAUUCUGACUCCGUUCCGUCAAUUCCUCCGCAAGAGGAGAAGCUUCAUCUAAAAGGGGAGAGCGAAGAAUCAGCCUCAUCUUCAUCCACUUUCUCCAAUAUACCUGGGCUGGGACGGCUUGGGAAUGCGCCAAAGUCUGAGAAUCCAACCCCAUCAGCGAAGAACAACCACGCAGAGAACCACUUGAAAGAAUUGGCCACACCCAAAGACAAGUUACCAGAGAGUAGUCAUGAUCAAUCCCAGGGAGAUUUCAAAAUGGCGGAUGCCGAACCUCUACUUCAAGAAUCUGCGACUUCUAUGAUCAAUGAUACGACUUCGGAACACCUUCCAGAAAUCAAAAAAGAAAUUUUACAAGAGACCGGAGCUGAAAUCGAGCAAGUAAGAGAUCAUAACAAUUCGGAGAUCAAGCAAGCUCCUCUGGAAGAAGCCACAGUGACCAAGCAAUACACUGACAACAACGACGCGAUGGACAUUGCGACGUCACAACCUACCACAGACGCUCAUGUAGAACAAGGAGAAACGAUGAAGUUGGGAGAAUCAUUAGGAACUCAACCUAGUACUAGUGAUAUUCAAGUCCAGGAGAGCCUUGCCAAUCAACCGGAUUUGACCCAUGCUUUAGAGGCAAUGCUAGGAGGUCUGCUACAACCUGCGACUGUGACUGCGGAUGUUGCAACGAACAAUGUAUCUGCAGCACCAGCGACAGAGGAGGAACACCCAGAAUGGGAGGUUGACUCAUCUCCAUAUGAGUCUUCGUCAGAUUCGUCAAGUGACAGUUCAUCCGAGGACGAUAGCGAGGAGGAGGAUGGAGAAAAUGCCUAUAAAUUAUUAAGUCCAGAAGAACAAGCAAGAAUUCUAAUGACGGAAGGCGAUGGGGGUUCAGACGAUGAGGGAGCGGCACGUGGAGAAAAGCGCGCCGGGGGGCACUUACGUACAAAGAACGAAGUUCCGGAAGAAGUGAUACCCAAACCAGAUGUCACAAUAACGCCUGAGAUGCCUAUCACAAGAUUGGGAGAUGUGGAAGGAGUCGUGGAUAGCAUCAUUCUCAUCAAAGCUUUCACAAGUGGAGAGUAUCAAGUGCUUAGAGAAGAAUCUGUGCUAUGCUUACAGGAUCGCAGCGUUAUAGGUGUAGUGUCGGAAACGUUGGGCAGAGUGGAGCAACCAUUGUAUUGUGUAAGAUUCACGAAUGCAGCUGCAAUUGCCGAAGCGGGAAUAUCUGUUGGAACUACGGUGUAUUACUCUGAGCAGCAUUCAACAUACGUCUUUACACAAGCUUUGAAAGCAUACAAAGGUACAGAUGCUUCAAACCUGUAUGACGAAGAAGUCGGCGACGAGGAAAUGGAAUUCUCCGAUGAUGAAAAGGAGGCUGAGCACAAGCGAAUGAUAAAGCAGAAGAAGGCAGAAAAGAGAGGUGGUAAGACUCAGCAAAAUGGUGGUCAUUCACGUGGUGGGCAUGCUUCACAAAAAACAUAUACCCCUGGUAACAACAGCGCCGUGUUGAACUAUGACGAAGCCGAGGAUGGUCCUUAUAAGACUCUUACUAGACCGAUUGGAUUUACUGGUGGUGCAACUGGCACUGAAGCUCCUCAAGAGGGUUCGCAUUAUAACAGAUCAAGCCAACGCGGUGAUCAUGGAGGUAGGGGUAGAGGGAGAGGUCGUGGAGAUAGAGGCAGAGGAGAUUGGGGAAGAGGACGAGGAAGAGGCGGUGGACAUAACGAUCGAAACACCAACUCUCGUAAUAAUUCAUCGCAAUCAAGCCAUGUAUUACCCCCUUCCACUCCGAGCCCCGGAGCAUUCAACUCUCAAUCAGCUUCAUUACCCCCAAAGCCUAACUUUCCACCCCCGCCACCUUCGAAUAUUUACAGCAAUCCAAAUCAGCCACAGCAAUAUCAACCUCAACCAUCACCACAAUACCCAUCCCAACAACCUCCAGUAUGGCCAAUGUACCCGCAAGGUUAUCAGCAACCAUAUCAGCAACCAUAUCAACAGCCUCAACAACCCCAGCAACCUUUUGCUCAAGCACAGAAUCCUUGGGCAGGUAUGCCUCCUCCUCCUCCCUUGCCAGCAGGUGCGUUCAUAAAUCCGGCAUUCUUCGCUCAACAGAAUGGAGCAAACCAAAACGGAGCAAAUCAAUGGACUCAUCCUAGCCAGCAAAAUGGAAACGGAGGUAGUCGGUAAUUCAUGAUGGGAAUGGAAUAUGUAUGACCAUUGUAGCUAAGAAUAAAAUCAUGACCAAUAAACUCUUGGUCUUUCUCGACGUUCAAUUAAACUCAUAUUGAUGAUACUUGAAUUGACGACACUCAUUCACA